AUGUCGCUCACAGAUCUUCAAAAUAACGUCUUUUUGUUCAGCAAUCCAGCAUGGAAUGGCGAGGGAGCCAUAGCGUCGACCCUUUCCAAAAAUCUCUCGCAACAGACGAGCCAACUGGCGUACGAGCAACUGAUCGACACGAAUCUGACCACCUUGUCCACGGGCAACAGCGGCAUCUACGAAAACUUGAUUUCUGGUCUCCUGUUUGUUCCCGACAUCACCUCGGUACCGUCGUGCGACGUGCAGCAAUACGACUGCAUCCCUAUCAACGUCACCCGAAGAAAGGAUCUACCCCCGGCAAACUUGGACCUGAUAGCCAUUGCCCCCUGGUUCAGCAGUGACUGCACCCAGGCUUAUCUCAACUCGGCGCUGCAAGCCCCCGUCAAAGCCUUCCUCUUCUACAAACCAAACAACUCGACCAACAAACCACAAGAUGGCGACUCUCCGGUCUGGAACCUGGGCGACGGCGGAGCCUGGCGAUCCAAUCGCCACUUUCCCAUCUUCGCCGUCCCUGGCCGUGACGGCCAAAAGAUCAUGACCCAGCUGAGCCUGUACUCUGGUGCCAUUACCCAAGUUCCGCAUGGCCAAGAGAUCAAGAAACUCUACAACAUCCACUCGUCGGCAUAUCUGCGCAUCUGGACGAGGCUCACCGUGGACAGGCCGCUGGAUCCCCCGGCUACCUGGGCCUUCAUCCUCAUCGUCAUUGGCGCGCUUCUUUCCGUCAUCCUCGUCGUCUCUCUUGCCAUGCACUUCAUCCAGCGUCGCAACCGAAACUCGCUGCGCCGGCGCGUUCAGUCGGGCGAGGUCGAUCUCGAAGCAAUGGGCAUCAAGCGGGUCACGGUGCCGGCUCCGCACGUCGUGCACUUUCCCCUCUUCACCUACAACGCGGACCCUGGCCUGCUGGAUCUGCCACUGAGCCCGCGCUCGCAGGCCGCGCCCGGAAGACGCGCCAAGAAGACGCGCCGGAAGAGACGGCGCGAGUCCGGCCACGCAACAACGCCUGACGCGCCGGCCCCUUCCGCGCCCAGCGUCCGCAGCAUAAGAAGCAAGCGGUCCAACCUCAACGGGACAGGCGAGACCGCCGCGACCAACCACCAACCGAGCUGCCACAUAUGUUUGGCCCGUUUCGAGCAUCGAGUGACCAUCAUCCGCGAACUGCCCUGCGGGCACAUCUUCCACACCGAGUGCAUAGACGAAUUUCUCAUGCAAAUCAGCUCGCUGUGUCCGACGUGCAAGCAUUGCAUGCUCCCCAGGGGGUACAGCCCCAAAAUAACAAACGGCAUGGUUCGCCGUGAACGAGCGCUGAGGCGACUGAGGGAAAAGGUCGACCUGGAGGACUUUCUGAUCGAGCCAGGAAGGAGGACGAGGCCGAAAACGUGGGGCAGCAGGUUGCUCGGCUUUUCCUACGCAGCCAGCCCAUCGUCGUCCAACAAGACGGACGUGCCAAUGAAGAUACUGCACGGGUCAAGGGGCGAUGCGGAUGCCGCGACGAGCCACCAGACGGCCGCCGCCGCAGGCCGAGAGACGCGCAACCCGAGUCCGUUGCCAGAUGGUCCAGACCCAGCGGGCCCGGAUCCGGUAGAACUGGCCCAAGCCCUCCCGGUCGUUGCCAGAUCUCAGCCCCGAAAGUCUAGGCCCUGGGCACUGAGACUGCUACCCACGCAGCCAGAGGGCGCCGAGCUGAAGAUGAGCACCGCCGCACCAAACAGACGCGGCAGCCCGUCUUCGUUCGCCAGAGAACGGAUGAGGCAGAUGGCUGGUAACAACGCGCCUUUUGACGAUCCGGAUCGAUUUCGUCCCAUAUGGAGGCGAGCGAUUUCAAAAGCAUUUCCGGGAUUUUAA